UCUCCAGCGUUCCGCAGUGCAACACGACAUGGAUGCUCCUGGAACCUUUGAACCAGGUCGUUUGAGCUUCUGGGAGCUUCAUGAGAAGCUGGGGCAAUGCUAUAAGGCGUUGUGUUGGGAAUAUGCUUCCCUGAAACGAAAAAGCACGUGUGAGCUGGAUGUCUUACAAGAGGAACCUUCAGGUGUUCCUGAAGCCAGGAGUAGUGAAGAGGAGAACUCUUUCAGGAGCGCCUCCGAGGCUGGAGGUUCUCGUUUCGAUUUUCUCUUCGAUGAGAAGCCUUCACCGCCUCGACCCACCUCCCCUCAAAUGUUCCCUCCGAGCAGCCCACCUCAAGGAGCUCCAAGGUCCAACCGCAAGAAGGUGUCCCCGGUCUUCGACACGACGCCAGAAGAGGGUGGUCGUAUAUCGACGUGGGGCUCGCGAGCCGGAUCCCAUGGUCAAGGUCUCUCCUUGGCGCAGCUGCUCAGUGGGCCGCGACAAAUGUCAUUGUCACGGAACAUCAGCGCACCAGGUGGCCCAGGUCGUCAACUCAGCGUGGAUUUCAACGAGCGGGUUCUCUCUUCGGAUAUUGGGCAACAUAUGCCUGGCAGUCCCGCCGCCGCGGUGGAACUGGCGGAACGUGCCAAGGGGAGCACGUCAGUGAGACAAUUCCUGGAAGAUCGGUAUCAGGAGGAUAGGAAAAUUGCCUUCGAAAACAUGGCGAAACUGGAGAGGGUCAUAUCGCGGAACGCGACCCUGCCUUCAGUUAAACUCGAUGCAAGUCACGCCAGUGGGAGCCAUUUGAGUCAGAAUACAGAAGAAAGCAGCAAAUUCGCAGAGUCGGAGGCAGCCGAGAACAUUUUCCAGCCUCGGCCGUGCUUCAAUUUGGUGAUGGCAUUUAAUUCGCGAGCGAGUCAGAGGAAGAUCUCUGCAGAUGGCGCCUUGCGGACUCGAGGUUCCAAAAUCAUGGAACUCAGUUUGACGACGCAGAAAUCCAUGCUGGGCUGCGAUGGAGGAAAGUUGGUGAUGACGCCGGGUGGAAUUUCUCGGGCCAUUUGGGAUGCCUUGCGGAUGAUUUGUGUCAUCAUUGAUAUCGUGGUGAUUCCACUACGCUUCUUCAACAUUCCCCUCGACUUUGAUUUGCCCGUGAAGGUCGUGAGUUUCUUCUCCUUGAUCUUCUGGACCUUGGAUAUUUUAGUGUCCUUUCGAACUGGACAUUUUGAGAAGGGCGUGCUUGUCCUUGACUCGCGGAAGAUAGCGAAGCACUACCUCAAGCGCUGGUUCCUCUUUGACCUUUGUGUCAUUGUGCUGGACUACAUCCUGCUUGGAAUGGAUGGUUUUGGCUCGCGAGAAGCGCUGCCGGAUUCCACGCAAGUGCUGCAGGUCAUCCGAAUGAUUCGAGUUGGCCGAUUACUGAAGUGGAAUCAGAUGUUUGCCUCGCUGCGAGAACGAUUCGACUCGCAAUAUUGGAUCACUCAGAUGAGCAUCGUGAACAUUAUCAUCCAGAUUUUGCUGAUGUACCACGUGGUGGCCUGCAUUUUCUUCGGCCUCGGAAAGCUGAAUGAAUCUCAAGUCAGUUGGAUCCAGACCUAUGAUCUGACGAAUGCAGAGUUCGGAUAUCAAUACACCACAACGCUGCACUGGGCUCUUUGUCAAUUAGGCAUGGGUUCAAACAUCAUCGAAGCCACGAAUCUGGUGGAGCGCUUGUUCGGUAUCGUGGUGGUUCUCUUCGCCAUCAUCACCUUCUCGUCGCUGGUGAGUUUGAUGACCUCUUUGCUGACGAGUUUGCACAACGCUCGAGAGCAAGAACUGCAUGAAUUCCGUUUGUUGCGAAGCUUUUUGGUCCGGAAUCAGAUCCCUGGGAGCCUGUCGCAGCGUGUGAAGAACUUCCUGCAGCACAGUUAUACCUUGCAGAGGGAAGUGAUCUCGGAGACGCAGGUGCCUUUGCUCAGCUUGCUGUCCAAGAACCUGCAAGGAGAAUUGCAAUUUGCAAGGUACCAGCGAUCCUUGAGCUUCUUGGUCUUCGUGGCGGAUGCCUUGUUGGCCGGUGAUAACUUGCAGCAUCGAGAAGUUGCGCAUGAAAUCGCGGCCAAUGCAGUGACCCAGACUUUCCUGGCGACCAGCGAGGUGGUGUUCUACGCUGGUAACGUGGCGGAACACGUCUUCUUGGCCACCUCAGGAGCUUUGCUCUACCUGCAAAAUCGAGGGAAGACGGUGGCAGACAUUGACACCUGGAUUUCCGAGAUGACUUUGUGGACGCCCUGGACCUUCUGUGGAGAUCUGCUCACUCAAGACCUCACCGUCUUGGUCAUGGUGGAACAGUCCAGUUUCUGUGACAUCGUCUGUAAGAGCCCUGAAACUCAGCAGAUGGCCAAGAUCUUCGCAGAGGACUACGUGGCCAACAUGAAUGCGUACGUUGUCGCUUCUGAUCUUUGGCAAUAUCCAGGUGAUGACGACAACCAAGACGAGCCCGGAAGGCAGUGGAUGACCAAUCUCUUCGGCGGGAAUCAGAAGCGCCGAAGCAGUUUGCGGAGGGCAUCAGAUCCACGGCUCUUCAUGGCGCAAGACGUGGUGCCCGGCGCCAACGGUCUGCCGGGACUGGAUUCGCAGAACCUGCAGGUCUUGCAGCAGGCGGCCAAGGAUGCGUAGGUCGUUGGUCGAACGGGCACCGGUGCUUUGAACUGGGUUCUUCACGACAACAGUGUGAGUCGGUGCUGAGUCGUCGCCUGUUGCGUUUUGCGCCAUGGCCACGCUCCAAAGGAGGUGAACGUUUUUGUUUUGUCCACUGUCU